AUCGUUUAUUAUAUAAAUACCACCGUUAGACAAGUUUCCUGUAAGAACUUGGGAAAUACUGACCUGAUCGGAUGCCGGUUAUUUUAUCAGCUGCAUUCGAAGCUAGCCUUAAUGGAGCAAUCCGUGUCUCUAUCUACAUUUUACGCCACUGUACCAUAUGUUUCUAUAAUUCUCGCCGUUGCUAUCACAUGUGCAAACGGUGUCGUAUUGGCGGCCUUCUUCGUCAACCGCCAUCUCCGCACGCCCUUUAACUGCUAUCUGAUAUCGCUCAUCCUCUCGGACAUUGGGCAAGCGGCACUAGAUAUGCCUUUUACCAUUCUCAGCGGGUUCCAGCCGGUGUGGCCGUUAGGGCAUGUUGCGUGUAAUUUUAAUCUGUACGCUAAAUGGGUGUAUGUUGCCGCGGUGCGUAAUACCCAUGCACUAAUUAGUUUGAACCGAAUCUGGGCGUUAUUCUGGCCGGUGUCGUAUAAGCAUUAUCAUACGAAAAGCACGGCGAUUUGGCUUUGUGUUGGGACAUGGGUAUACGUCCAUGUUUGGCUGAUGCCAGGGCUCGUACCGGAUGCCAUGGUGUGGAGGAAAGACGAUGGCACGUGUUUUGUUAAUACGACUGCUCAACCAGUCUGGGCAAUGACUACGCAGAUGUGCCUAUACAAUUUGACUCUUGUUAUUAUAACGGUAACGUAUCCAUUUAUCUGGUGGAAGAUACGCCAACGCCGUAAGUUAAUCGUUCCUCGAGUUGGUUUCACAAAUACAACAAGUUGUGAGCAAGGCACCACUCAAAAUGGACAAAGCAUUCAGCCAACAUGUGGUCCAACAAUUGGCUCUGUGGCUACUGAAGUUGACAUUAAUAAUAUCGAUGAGGACGAGGCACCGGAUACGUCGCCAAACAUUGCCUCGGGCCAGUCCUUCCAAAAGACACUUGGAAAAGGUGUCAUGACGUCGUCCAAAAGUUCUCAGAGCUUCGCCGUGUUAACGUAUCUCGUCCUGGGAGUCGUUUUCUGCUGGACACCAAUUAUGACGUUUUUUACCGUAGCCGAUUUUACUGAUUUUAACAAUAACCUGCUCUUUAUUAUCGGAUCCUUAUUGUACUAUUCCAAUUCACUGCUGGAUCCAAUUUUCUUCUGUAUCGCAAUAAGACCACUCCGAGCAACCGUCCUGGGCUUCUUCCAUCGUCGCAAUUUAUGCACAUGUAACUGA